AUGAGCAACUCAAAUUCAGCAAAAAAGGCAGGGGAGAUCUUUCGUGAGGCAGGCAGUGCUUUCAAUAAAUUGUCAGAAAUGACAAUGCUGUUACAUCCAGUUGGUGACUCUCAACCCGGUGGUAAAUGGACGGAGGAAGAAAUCGAGAUGCUGCGUUCCUGCGUCCAUCGUUUUGCCGUCGAUCUCAACAAGCUCAGCCAGCACAUUAAGAAUAGAACAGUCACGCAGAUCCGGACGACGUUGAAGAGGAAGGCUUUCGAGGACGCAGGUAUACCUGUGCGACCAGUUAACAACUCUGUGAGCACCCCACAUCCGCCCACACAGGUUACGCUGAACAUGUUGAACGCUUCGGAAAACGAGGUGGACGUUGAGGGACUGAGUAAUGAUGUCAAGUUGGAGUUCGAGGCUGGGAACGAAGAAGUCGCCACCUGA